AUGCAGAGAUGCGCAGUGAACGGAACGGCCAACGUCUCCAGCUGCAGCUCCCAUGCGAUGCCCAUGGAGUGCUACAUGGUCCUCGACGAUCCUGCCCAGAAGGCGGUCAUUGCCGUGCUGUGCUGCUUUGUCGGGAGCCUUUGCAUCUCGGAGAACUCUUUGGUGCUGUACCUCAUAUUUUCCUCCCAAAAGAUCCGGAACAAACCUUCCUACCUCUUCCUCAGCAGCUUGGCUGCUGCGGACACGCUCGCCAGCAUCAUCUUUGUCUCCAGUUUCGUGUAUUUCCAUGUUUUCAAUGGGACCGAUCGCUCAAAGGAAGUCUUCUUGCUGAAGCUCGGCGGGGUCACCACGUCCUUCACGGCUUCCUUGGGCAGCCUGCUGCUGAUGGCCUUUGACCGGUAUGUCUGUAUCCUUAAGCCGUCGGAGUACAAGGUCCUCAUCACGAGUAGAAGAGCUGGGAUAGCUUUGGUGGUCCUCUGGGUCGCCGUUAUUUUCAUCGCCUUCCUGCCCCUCCUGGGAUGGAAUUGCUGCACCGUGGACUCAAACUGUUCGGAGUUGUUUCCCUUUGUCGCCACCAGUUACCUCUCCAGCUGGAUUGCUUUAGUAGUGAUCCUCCUGAUAUCUAUUGUCUACGCUUACGUGCACGUCCUUUGGAAGGCCCGCAAGCAUGUGUUGUACAUGAAGAGGCACCAUGCCCAAGCUGGACAGCAGAACACGAGGAUGAGAAUGGACAUCACUUUGGCCAAGACCUUAGUGAUCGUCCUGGCAGUUCUCGUCAUGUGCUGGUCGCCAGUCUUGGUGCUCAUGACUUAUAGUGUGUUUGCCAAACUGAAUGACCUCAGCAGGAAAGCAUUUGCCUUCUGCAGCAUUCUCUGCCUGGUGAACUCCAUGAUCAACCCUGCUAUCUAUGCCUUACGGAGCAGGGAGCUGUGCUCCUCUUUGAGGGAAGUCUGUUCCUGUUUGGGAAGGCUUCCCGGUUUCCCAGAGAGCAACCCAGAAGCAGAGAGCACUCAGAAGUCUUGCCCAAUAGAAACCAUUUAUGAGGAAGUUGUCUGCAACACAGAGGCAGAACCAAUGAAGGACUGA